AAGAUGGCGGACGGCGCCCUGCUCCUCACCGACUCGGGCUCCGAGGGCGGCCGCUCCCCGCCGCCGCCCCCCCCGCGCCGCCGCCGCCGCCGCCGCCGCCGCCGGGCGCGCCCCGCGGAGAUCAUCGAUCUGACCCGCGAGGACACGAGCGCAGAGCCGGUGCCGUGGAGCAGCAUCACCAUCAUCGACCUGACGAAGGAAGACACGUGCAGCCCUCCUCCGCCCACGGACUGCGCUGAUCGUGAGCCUGCUGCCCCAGCCGUACACGUGUCCCAUCCCAGGCUUUGCUUCACCACGAAGCAAGAAACGGAGGCGGCGGCGGGGCUGAGCCCUGCAGCGCCCCAGCAUGACGCUCCCACGUACCCCUGUGCUGCCGCAGACACGGCAGGAGCGGUGGAGAACAAGGGCUGCUUCUCUCCUGCCUCCAGCCACCACAGCUCCUUCUGCAGCCCGGAGCAGAACUGCAGCACCACCACGUUUAACAGUGACUUGGGCUCCCUGGCCAGCAUGCCGCUGGACACGGACCUCUUCUCCCUGUCCCCCUCCAGUAUGGACAGCAGCGGCAGCUGUGGAACCUGUGGCACAGAGGAGGAGACCCCCCACCCUUGGCAGCUAAGGGAGCUCCCCAAAAGUCCGAGCCCUGUCCCAGGCAGCAUCAGCACAAGCCCAGGGAAGGCCAGAGGGCCUUUGCUGGAAGCAGGGGACUCAGCACUACGCAAAGCAACCCAGCAAGUGACCCCAGGCAGGACCACGGCUGACAGCAGGGUCUGGCUGAACAAACUGCGCUAUUUCAGGAGGAGCGGAGUCCACCACCUCUUCCUCCACGGCUUAAAACACAACAGGGAAACGCUGCAGAAAGCCGAGCUCAUCCCCAGCAGGAAGAUGAGCAUGGUGCACACCACCAUGGAGGAGAAUUUCCUGGAGGGCACCUUGCAUUUCCUGAGCGACUUCGUCUCCGGCCAGCACUGCCCCCCCAAAGAAAUCAUCUCCCACCUGAUCAGGCACAUCCUGCUGAACCCCCACCAGGGGGAGAUCCUGAAGGACACCUACAUGCUGCUGAUGAAGAUCCAAAUGCUCCAUCCAGCCAACACCGCCACUGUGGGAUGGGACUGGGCGCUGCUGAAGUACAUCAUGGAAGACCAGGAGAAGCCCCCUGGCCGACUGCUCUUCCUGCAGUACGUGGUGCAGACCCUGGAGGAUGACUUCCAGCAGAACCUGAAGCUGCGCCUGCUGCAGAAGUCAAUUGCCAAGAAAGUGCUUUCCUGUGACGUGUGCUUCAACAACGUGAAGGAGGUGGUCGAAUGGCUGGUGGCAGCAGUGACAGGAAUCGGGUUCUCCCAGCCCCAGGAGCCAGAAGCGACACACUCCUCCGCAGAAGCACGGGCUGAAUGCAGCUCAUCCGCAGCGAGGCCAGCCAGCGCUGACCAGACAGAGGCCCUCCCACCAACUGUCUUCGCCCAGAAGGCAAUGCUCCUGCUCCAGCGGAUGUUGUCCAUGGCAGUGGAAGUGGACAAAUCUCCCAACUGCAGCUCCUGCAAGAUCGCUGACGUAAUAUUUCCAUUCAUUCUGAAUAUUCCUGUGAGGAGCCAAAGGGAAGCUCUGUUAAACACCAUGGAUAGCCACCUCCUGCGCUGCAAACUGCUGGAGAUGAUGUUCCAGCACAGCUGUGAUGUGCCCACAACCUUGCCCUUGUCUCUGUCCAAGAUCCUGUAUUUCCUGGACCACUCCUCUGUGCUGCUUCAGUACCAGGAUGAAGUAGCAACGUGGCAAAGAUGGGACGAAACGCUGCAAUACUUGAGUUUGCUGCUGCUAAGUUACCAAAACGUAAUACUGGAGUGAGCUCCAGAAGGGGACAGUGCCUUCUUCCACCAGGCUAGCCUUGUGCAGAAGUGUCAAGGAUAACCAGGAAGGAACCUGCACAGUUCCCAGCUGCUCUACUGCUGCACAGCACUGCCGGGGGAUGCUGCGAUCGGUCCCUAGGAGGUCAGACGGCCCGUUGCGUGUUACCUCUUCCCAACAGCAUUUCCUCUUGCAGAGCACUUACGGAGCUCACUCCAUGAGCGGAUGGACUUGAUCAUUCAGAAAGCCAAGCCCAAGCUCCAGGAUGACGACGAGAUCAGCCACCUGGACAUCCACCUGAAGAUAGAGGACUUCCUCAGCCGAAUGCAGCAGCUCCUGGGGCAGCCCUUCCCGCUGCAGAUCGAGGAGAAAGUGUACAUGAUCCAACAGUUGUUUCUCAUUGUCACUGCUACCUGAUGGAGCUUCGUGUUUCCUUUAAAAGCUGUGAACCCUGUCUCAUGCUGCAGUCUCAAGUGUCAUCUCACGUUUAAUAUAUUUGGAAAAUCUUUUGUUUACAGUUUCAGAAUUUCCUUCCAAAUCUGCCUCGUCCUACAGUUUUACAAAGCACUUUGUACACCUGUAAAAAAUAAAUAAAUUAUUUUUGUAUU